UCCGCAUUUCAAGAGAAUAUCAGAUUCCUUGGAGCGUUCCUAUUGGCUUAGGGUGGACGGAUUUUCCUGGGGCAACGCCGACGAAUUCCGUUGGCGUUGGAGGCGUAAUUCUACUGGACCGUCAGCGAGCUGGUCGUAUCUAGCGCAUCAGGUGGUUUUUUGCCUCGACAUUGGUUGGCGAGCCUGAAACAUCUGGAUUUUUAGAGGCUCGUCGACUACUAGGUGUGAUCGCUCUGAAAACACAAGAGCAAACUGAUUGGACGGCCUUAGAUUAGCCGAGUUGAUUGUCUAAUUUACUGUUUAGUUGAGAUGGUACUGCCCAUCCCACGGGUAUCGGUCUACGACUUCGUUAGUUUUUCCGUCUACGAGCACAGCACUGGUCGCAGUUUCCACGGUUAGGUAACUUAUGACCCGCUGCUCCAUACUUCUCACAUGCCCUUCUAGAAUUCUUGGACUCGUUCUCCCCGUCCAUUCCGUAUCUCGUCUAGAUUCUUCCGUGCGCCAGUAAUGCGUAUGGCGGCCGUCGGCACAGCGCAAGCCAUGGACAUCGAGCCCCAAUAUCGCGCACAGUACCACACGCCGCGCCAAGACCCGACCAAUCCCCUUACCCGUGCUGACGUCAGCAUGGACGGACUCCGCAGCAGCCCUGACCGCAUGCCCCGGCGUUCCCCGCCGCCAGCCUCUCCGCGCCACCGCGCCGGCCCGUCGUUCGCGGAGGCGGCUUUAGGCACAUCGUCGCCAUCCCACAGCGCUGGCGCCUCCCCCGCGUCAUGCGGACCGCACUCCCCGAGCCCGUUCGCCGAGGCGGACUAUCACGCGAGGAUCGCGUCGCCUCCCAAGCCGCGCUCGCAUUCCCUCCUUUCCCGCCGCAACCGCGGGGCGCUCAGUCCGCUCACCACGCUUCAGUCCCCUUCCGCCGCCGCACAAGCGGCUUCCGCUUCCGCCACUCCGGCGGAGCUCGCGUCCGCGAAGGGCGAUUUCCCCCCUGUCGGCGCAGAACAGGCCUCUUCUUCCCGCGGCCAGUUUUCCUUCCCCAUAGGUGCCGCGUCCCCGCCAUUCCCCGCCGACCAUCCCGCCACGGGUCUGUACCUGGGGCCUGUUGCGCGGACUUCCCCGCGCGCACUGGCGGGCGGCGGAGGGCCUUCCGCUCAGCGCGCGGGGUCACCAGCUGGCGCGGUUGGUGGCGCAGGGGCUGGCGGAGGGCUUUCCGCGAGCCCGUUCAACCUGGCGCACGGAGGCUGUCCGCGGUCCCCCAUGCGCUCCCGCCAGCAGCUUUCCGCGCAUGGCGGAGCGCAACGCGCAAUUGCGCCAUCCCCGCUCUCGGAGCUAUUUAGCGGGGGGUUCUCGGGUCGGGAUUUCCAGCCAGGCUCGCUAGUCGCAGACUCGCUACAAAUGCAGCAUCAGCAAAUGCAGCAUCAGCAAAUGACAAACAAUGACAGAAAUCCGUCGCCGCAGCAGCAACAGCAGCAGCAGCAGGAGCAUUUCAGCAGCAACGGUCAACUGCAGCAAUUCCAGCAGCAUGAGGAACAUUCGCAGCAGCAGCAGCAUUUGCAGCAACACCAGCCGCAGCAGGCGCAGCAGCCGCGGCAUGGGUCACUUGAGGGCGGGAUGUUUUCCGCCGAGCCCAGGGCGGAUCGAUCCCCACGAUCCACAUCCCUCGACAGUUUUGACCACGUCGUCGCGUCGCACUUCUCCCGCCCUCCUGCCGAACUCCAUCCUCCGCCGAAUCCGCCCCACGUGCCGCAAAACGCCCCACCAGCAUACAGUUCCGCGGAGCUCGGCAGCGCGGCUCCGCCGAAAGCCGGCGCGCCCGUCGCCACUCCCCGCCCCGUGCGGCCGUCACAUCGGCGCACGGCCUCCGCUUCCGCCGCCUCCGCGCUCCUCCAGCAUAACUUUUCCGCCGACAUGCUCGAGGGCACCUCCUCCCCGCGCCCCUCGUUCUUCUCCCGCCCGCCCCCUUCCCCGCGCCUCUCUCCCGCGCCGCCCAUUGCACCUUCCGCGGUGGCGGCGCUCGCGGCUGCUGCGUGUGGGGGGGGAGGAAGCGGAGCGGGGACCCCGCGGGGAAGCUCCCCGCGGGAGGGCUCUCCGCCGACGGGGGCGCGGGGGUUGAACAGUGCGAACCGCGCCGUGCAGGACUUGCACGCGCGGCUGCUGGCUGCCGCCCAGUUGGUCGCGGAUAGGGACGCGGCGGCUGUAGCGGCUGCACUGCAGCAGCAGCAGAAGCAGGCGCAACAACACCAGCAGGCGCAGCAGCAGCAGCAGCAGCAGCAGCAACAGGGUGGGGGGAAGCGGCAGGGGCGCGCAAUAGGCCUAUCGGAACUGCAGAUGGAGUGGGGGGCCGCGCAAGGACGCUCCGCGGGAGGGGAGGGAUCUCCGCUCAGGCAAGCUGGCGGGCCAACCGCAGCGGGCCAUGCGGACGGGUUAGGGGGAGGAGCGGCUGGCGCAGUGGGGGGAGCACGCGGAGCAGGCAGGGGGGGAACCUCCCCCUUGCCGUCCCCCAGCUCUGAGCGCGGGGAGCAGCUGAAGCGGCGGGGGAGCGCGAUGUUGGGGGAAGAGGAGAUGUACGCCCUCUCGCACAUGUCCCUAGGGGGGCCGUCAGGUAGCGCCGUGGGUUCAGGUGGGAAUUCAGGUGGGGGUUCAGGUAGCCGCCCAGGCUCAGGUGAUUGUUCAGGUUACAUGGGUGCUAGUAACGGUGGGGCUAAUAUCGGGGCUGGGGGGGUGAUUAACCGUCCUGUGAAGCAGCGGGUGUCGACGGGUCAUCGAUCCGCUUCUAAUGCUGCUGGCAGCGGUGGGGCCAGUGGUGAUUACGCCUCCGCGCUUUCUGCUGCCGCAGCUGCUGCACUGGCAGCAGCAGGGGCGCCUGCCGGGAUUUCUCCAGGGGAAAUUACCCAGAUUACCCAGAAGUGGAUGGAGAUGCAGGCGGCAGGAAGCUUCGGUGCUUAUAAUCAGAGUAGACCCUCACCUUCCGCUGCUGCUGCUGCGGCUGCUGCUGCUGCUGCGGCGGCGCGUGCGCAGAAAGCAGCAGCAGAAGCGGCAGCAGCAGGAAGGGGGGGAGGGGUGGGCGGCAGUGGGGUAGGGAGCUCUCCCUCCGUUUCCGCUACAGCAGCUAGAGCAGCAGCCAAUAGGAGAGCGGCACGUCACCGGCGAACUGGCAGCGCCGAUUUCGCCCUGAACAACCCAGGAGAGUUAUUAAAGCCGGUUUCCGCCAUGCGGCAGACGAUCAAGCUGGGGAGCGGCGGGGGGCCGAGCUUGAGGCAGGAGGAGCAGCUGCUGCAGCAGCCGCAGCUGCCCGUUUCGGGGUAUAAUCUCGAUAAUGUCUCUGCGCCGUGCCUGGCUAAACUUCUAAACCACCCUGCAACUGGCCCCCUAGGAGGGGGGGUGGGGGCCGUAGGGUGGGGGGCGGGGGCCGGGGGGAGGAGGAGAGGGGUAGCAGGGGGGGGCGGAGGAGGGGGAGGAGGGGGAGGGGGUGGGGGCGGUGGGGGCGGCAUGGGAGUGGUGGUGGGGAUGCACCGGCCGUCGUCGUCCAUCUCAGGGUUCGCGGGUGACCGGCUCGUGGCGGCAGCAGCUCUGGCAGAGGCGUCGAAACACCUCGCCCUGGCCGCCGCUGCCUCCAAGGCUGCUGCUGCUACCAGGACGGCGCUUCCCCAGCAGCAGCAGCUGAUGCAGCUGCUGCAGCAACAGCAACAGCAGCAACAGCAGCAGAACCAGCAGUGGCAGCAGCAGGCUUGGCAGCAACAAGGGAUUGCAGAGAGAAUGGAUCUAGACGCGCCAAGAGGACAGAUUCAUCCAGGGCAAUCCGGCCAGAAGCAGCAGCAGCAGAAUCAGCAGCAGCACCAGGUGGUUCCUCAGGUGUUUUCUCAGGUGGUGGCACCGCACCGCCAGCAGCAAGGGCGGCAGUUGAACUCUGGACUGGGCGGGAGCAUGCGCAAGCCGGCAAGCUUUUCGGGCCGCGUGGAAGAUGUUUUCGGGCAGUAUGAGGGGCUGCCCCCACGGGACCACGUUCUUAGGAAGGAGUAUGGAGAGAUUAAAGCCCAGUUCGUGCUACAUAGUAGGGAGCUGGGAAGUGGGCAGUUUGGGAUCAUCCGUCCGUGCAUGGAGGUGGCAACUGGGCAGGUGUUUGCUUGCAAGACAAUCAACAAGAAAUGCGUGCAGACGAAGGAGGACGCGGAGGACAUUCGCAAGGAGGUGGCCUGCCUCACGCUGCUGCGCAACCAUCCCACCAUCGUCACUCUUAAAGACACCGUGGAAGAUGAAGAGAACAUCCACAUAGUGAUGCAGCUGUGCCAGGGCGGAGAUCUCUUCGACCGUGUGAGCAGCAAGGGGCGCAUGUCGGAGCAGUCGGCCGCGCGGCUGUGCCGUGCGCUAGUGGAGGCGCUGCUGCACUGCCACUGCCACGGCAUCCUGCACCGCGACAUCAAGCCCGAAAACAUUCUCCUUUGCGAUCAUUCUGAGAAUUCACGAAUUAAAUUGGUUGAUUUCGGAGUCGCCACCUUCUUUGAUCCUGGCAAGCGCCUGACAGAGGUCCUGGGGACGCCCGAGUACAUGGCGCCAGAGGUGCUGCUGCAGUCAUACGGCCCCGAGGCCGACAUCUGGUCGGCGGGCGUCGUCCUAUACAUCGUUCUGUGCGGCGUGCCGCCCUUCUGGGCGUCGUCGCGCAAGUGUGUGGCGGAGGCGAUCCUCAAGGGCGCUGUGAGCUUCAAAUCCGCUAAGUGGGCCAACACCAGCGAGGAGUGCAAGGAGCUUGUAAGGAGGAUGCUCACCAAGGACCCACGGGAGCGAAUCACGGCGCUGGAGAUUCUAGAUCAUCCAUGGAUCCGUAUGCACCAAUAAGAAAAGAGCAUGCUGCAGGCACAACCACAGGAUGGUGGGUUGUCCCGAUAUCUAGUGCUUACAGACAGCAAACUCCAAUUACCACCUGUUAAUAUAUUUAUGAAUACGAGACUGCUCAACACCGCAUUUAUCAUCAACAGGGGUGCCCAGCAUAUGCGCUAGUGCCCCCAUCCUGAGUUACAUGGACGCUUGUGCUACAUACGUGGGGUGAUUACAUUUUGUUGUACUCUGUAGUUUUUUCUUGUGCGUAGACAGUUUCCAGCUAUAGAAUAGGCUUCCCACCCAUAGGAAUGUUUAGGGUGUUAGAUCUCAAGUACGCAUUGGUUAGCAACACA